UCAUGUUUUCCGAACUAAGCUGGUGUGGACUUUUCAAACCAUAUUACAAAGUGUGUAGGACUCUUUCACAGGGUAUUUCAAAACAACAGAUAACAAAUCAGCGGAGUGAGGUUAAACUGCAAAGCAUUUAAAAGCAGAAUUCGUCCAAUUGGCUGCAGUAUCGGAGUAGAUUUCAAACAAACCAACGCCCACUCCUGAAAACCCUAAGUAUUUAGCAUGAGAACUCAAUUGAAAGGGUCCCUUUGGGUCCUUUGUUUGGCUUCGAUGGCGUUUUCCAGCCUGGCGGUGACAACUUCGUCCAAACCAACGUUGGCCUCGGCGUUCGGUUCUAAAACCACUUCUCCCGCGGUUUCCGAUGCUUUAAAGGCGAAUAAGACCAGUCCCGGUCGUUCGACGCCGGGCGAACUACUGCCCAUGGUGAUCAACACUUGGAACUUUACGGCCGCCAAUGUGCUGGCCUGGCGCAUCCUCAAGCAGAGCAAGGGCGGUCUCCGGCAGACGCGCAACGCCGUGGUGGAGGGCUGCUCCAAGUGCGAGAAGCUGCAGUGUGAUCGGACAGUGGGCUACGGUGGGUCUCCGGACGAGUCGGGCGAGACCACGCUGGACGCCAUGGUUAUGGACGGCAGCACUCUGGAUGUGGGAGCAGUGGCUGGACUGCGGCGCAUUAAGGACGCCAUCAAGGUGGCCCGACAUGUCCUGGAGCACACACAACACACCAUGUUGGUGGGCGAUGCGGCGUCCGCCUUUGCCAAUGCAAUGGGAUUCGAGUCCGAGUCGCUGGUCACGCCGGAGUCUAAGGAUAUGUGGCUGCAGUGGACGGCGGAGAACUGCCAGCCGAACUUCUGGUGGAACGUGUAUCCAGAUCCCAAAGUCUCCUGCGGCCCGUACAAGCCCCGGCCCACCCCGCUGACUCGCUGGAAGGAGGACCGGGCACGCAAUGAGUACGAGAUCGGGCGCAAAAACCACGACACCAUCGGCAUGAUAGCCAUCGACGUGGAGAGCAACAUCCACGCUGGCACCUCCACCAACGGGGCCCGCCACAAGAUUCCCGGACGGGUUGGGGACUCUCCGAUUCCGGGUGCCGGUGCUUAUGCGGACAACGAAGUGGGUGCCGCUGUGGCCACCGGAGACGGGGAUGUGAUGAUGCGGUUCCUGCCCGCGCUCCUCGCCGUGGAGGCCAUGCGAUUGGGAAAACCGCCUGCAGAGGCCGCCGAAGUGGGCCUCCGUAGGAUCCUCAAGCAUUACAAGGACUUCAUGGGCGCUGUCAUUGCCGUGGAUCGCCUGGGAAACUAUGCAGCCGCCUGUUACGGGUUGGAAGAGUUCCCGUUCAUAGUCAGUAGUCCAGUAAGUCCGGAUAAGCCGACUCGUUUGGAAACGGUCAAGUGCAUUGCGGGUCCAGAAAAGGUAAAUAUUGUGCCGUUGUAAACAGUCAGAAAAUGUAAAAGAUUUUAAUAAAAUGAAAAUUUGAAUUUCAA